UCGUUUCAACAUCUUCUGCUGCACCACGAGCAGACGUCGGAUAUUGCAUUCAUACACUUUCCAGGAGAUUGAUGAAAACGAAGAACUGGAUCGUAACGUCUUCUUUUUCUUUAAUCUCAUGUUGUCCCCAUUUCAUUUUUCAAAGCAAUCCCAUUUUCGAUUUUCCGCUCAUUUCAUUUGUAGGUUGCAAUGAAGACAUUAAUGGUGUUCCAUAGGAUUUUACGGGAGGGUGAUCCUAGUUUUAGAGAAGAGUUGCUAAUUCAUUCUCGUCGGCGACACAUUUUCCAAAUUCAAGAUUUCAGAGAUGAUUCGAGCCAGCUUGCUUGGGAUUGUUCUUCAUGGCUUCGAACGUAUGCCACAUUUCUUGAAGAACGAUUAGAGUGUUACAGAAUCGUGGGAUUCGACAUUGAAACCGAGCGUUUAACAACAGCUCCAGGAAUCAACAAGGCAUAUAGUAGAACACGACUCAUGAACAUUGACGAACUACUAGAACAGCUACCUGCAAUGCAACAACUUCUCUAUCGUCUCUUCUCUUGCCAGCCUGAAGGAGCAGCUUAUCAUAACCAGCUUAUACCACAUGCAUUAGCUCUUGUAAUCAAAGAAAGCUUGAAAAUCUAUUGUGUAAUCAAUGACGGCAUAAUCAGACUCGUCGAAUUGUUCUUCGACCUGGGGAAGGACGAAGCUAUUGCCGCUAUAAACAUUUACAAGAGAUCUGUAAAACAGACCGAACAACUUGGGGAGUUCUACAAUCUGGGUAAACAUAUGCGUCUUUCAAUGAACAUCCAGUUUCCAACAUUGACUCAGCCUCCACCUUCGUUUCUUGCUACAAUGGAGGAAUAUGUGAAAGGAAUUUCUUCGAAUGGUUCUGAUUCGGAUAAGAAACUGGAGCAUGAUCAAGAUGUCGCAAAAGAAACCAUGGAACCUGUAACUCAAGAAAUCAAAGAAAUUGAAAACGCAGAGGUACUGCAAGAUCAAGAACCAGAACUGAAGCAUAUACGGAAGGUAGAGGAGGAAGUUCUACCACUCAUAGUCAUUGAUGAUGAUGAUCCUCCAGGUUUGGAUGAAGCAGAUCCAAACAAGUUAGAAAUAGAGGAUAACGAUGCAUCGAUAUUGGCUCUUGCCAUUGUUCAACCUAGUAUACCAUCAGAUCUAACAUGUUCUAAAACCGAAAACACCUCAAGCUGGGAGCUUGCACUCGUGCCCUCAACAAGUAAUUACCCUAAUAACACCAGUCCUAUAUCACAUACCAAAAUGGGUGGUGGUUUCGAUAGGCUACUAUUGUACAGUUUAUAUGAAGACGACAUGGCUAAGAAGCAAAUGCAAACAGGUUGUAACCCUGGUUAUCAAUAUGGCAUGCAACACGAAUCAUUUCAAUACCACCAUCCUCUACCACAACAAGAUCAGAUGAAGGUCGUGAUGCAACAACAACAAUAUAACAUAAACCAGGUGUCAUACCAACAACAAUAUCAAGAACAAUAUCACCAACAAUGUUAUCAACAACGACAACAUAAUAACAUCUUUGUUCCAUAUAAUCAGCAACAAUCACAACCGUCGAAUCGGUCUGCACAACAAUCGAUGCCGAAUCAAAGACCGAACCACUUUGGAGAUGGAAUCGACUGUCCACAUGGGAAUCGUGCAUUGAUAUAGACUCAACAUGUUUAAUGUCCAUCGAUCCAUGCAUGUUUUAUCAUGUAACAUCCAUAAAAUUUCAGUAAAAUUUAAACUUUCCA